AUCAUGGCAACAAUCCAUUCUUUUCCUCUUCAUUUUGUUUUCUUUCGGUUUUUUAGUCCAAAACCCACGAACCAAAAGCCUAAAACCCGACUCUGAAAAGGAGGCACCAUUUAACUCUCUUCCCCUGAAAACCCUAGAGUCAGGAAUCACUUUAUUUAUUAGAUUUGUGAGAUUAUUUAGCAGGGUUUUGCUGAGGUUUUGAGAGCCGGCAACAGAUUUUACGCAAUGGGGCUGCGAGGUAAAGAAUCAACCUUAGUAGCUGAGAAUGCAGUGGAGGAUGAUGAUGAUGUAAUGGAUGAUCUUAGUGGGCAAGAGUCUGAAUCCGGGUCAGAAUCAGAAGAGGAGGAUGUGAAGUUGGCUGAGCCUUCUAAGAACCCUAUAUACAACAGAGAUGGCCUUAUUGAGAAACUUCAAGAUAUCAGCUGGCCGGAAAAUGUUGAAUGGAUGCACAAGCUUUCCCUUGAUAUCGAUCAAGAGAAAGAGGUGGAUGUGAAUGAUGACCUGGCAAGAGAGCUCGCUUUCUAUACACAGGCAUUAGAGGGGACAAGGUUGGCGUUUGAGAAGUUUCAGUCAAUGGGGCUACCUUUCCUUCGGCCACCUGAUUAUUAUGCAGAGAUGGUUAAGACAGAUGUCCACAUGCAGAAGGUGAAGGGCAGGCUUUUGGCGCAGAAGAGACAGAUUGAAGAGGCUGAGGAGAGACGGAAGGCUAGAGAGGCCAAGAGAAUUGCUAAAGAGGUUCAAGCUGAGAAGUUGAAAGAAAGAGCUAAGCAGAAAAAACAAGAGAUUGAGGAAGUUAAGAAGUGGAGGAAGCAGAGGCAGCAGAGUGGCUUUCCUGCAGGUGGCAAAGAUAGCGAGCUGGACUUGGGUUUUGAAGAUGGUAAAGCAUUUGAGAGGUCAAGCAAGAAAAGGCCAGGGGUGUCUCCAGGGGAUCGCUCUGGAGGGAAAGCAAAGCAAGGUGGUGGAAAGGGUAAGAAUAUGAAAAAAAGGGAGUCCAGGAAUUCUAAGUUUGGAUUUGGAGGGAGGAAAGGUUUGAAGAAGCAGAACACUGCCGAAACCACAAAUGAUAUUAGAGGCUUCAAUAAAGGCGGUGUUGCAGGAAACAAGAAAAGGAAAAAGUGAUACAGCUAAAGGACCUGUUCUCACUUCUUUAGGGCUCUCUUUUAUCUAAACUUUAAGCUGUUGUUUCAUCUUUAAGUGUCUUUUUGAUUUUCUGUUUCAGUAAUGGUAGUUUGAAGUCGUGAUAUUAGUCGGUAUUUUUCUGGUUGAACUUACAAAGUAAAUCAUCCAAUUUACAUAACCUACUUAAAAACUCGAAAUGGUGAACCUUGAGCAUCAAUUGGCAAUGAACCUAUCAAUUGAUGCUUGAUCCAGCCUUUCAUUUCACAUUAGAAAAAAAAAUGACAUCGGAGGCAUAUGAAUUGCCUCAUGUUAAGUUCAGCCAAUUGCCAAUUCUGCUCAGGCCUCAGAUACGAACUCAACAGCUGGAUUUUGCAAUUUUCUUGCCUCAAGUAA